CCAUACAUAUUUCCAAAGCAAACCUGCCAGCCCCGUUAACAGAAUACAGGUGUACCGAAGAUCGAAACAAGUGGUCGAAACACUCCCCAAUUUGUUUCGCCUCGACGAAGCAUUACAAGCAACGUAUCGCUUGUUCGUUUGCUUAGGCCGGGUAUUCACAGUCAACUUUAGUCCACUCACCAGAACUGAUGAACUGAUGGAAUUAUCCAAGUCCUUCCGACCAACUGACAAAGGAUCCCAUGUACGGACGGGUAAGCAACGAUUUUAUGACUGUUCGCCGCUUGAUUACGCAUGGGAAGGAUCUCAGCCGCUCGGACCAGAAUAUGAAUAAAUUAUGUUUAUGCCUUUUCUUUUCAUUGUUAGACCCUGCAACGCUAAUUGUAGACCGUUGUAAGUCCAAAUCAUUUAAUAAAAAUAUUUCCAUGUGAUAAAUAGAAUUUGGUAUAGGCCUGGGCCAGUUUCCUGCUUUUUUAUGAAAGGGGCUACAGUGAAAGUAGGCUUCACGGUCCAUCUCAUAAAUAACUGAACCAACCCCCAGUUCUGAUUUAAACUUACUCAUUAGCAUUGCAUGCGAGUAGACAUCUCUCUUUAAUGGGCGAUAAGUCUUUUACGCCUUUUUGUUCUUUCCUAUUAUUAAGUGAAUUGCCGCAUCAUUAUCAUUCAAUAAGUACACCAAUAAUUACUGAGGAACAGCAGAGGAAUAGAAGCCAAUGAAAUACUGCUUUCAGACAAGCAAGCCAGAAGCAAGCAAACUUGGAAGCAUCAGCAUCCACAGGGGUAUAGAAGGAAUGCACAGCAGAAGGCAAGAAAGAGACAACUGCAUUCGAACUGAUGACACUACAACUACGCAAUAAUACGAACACCUGCGUCCAAGAGAGCAGCGACCAGAUGUUCGUUACAGGUGUUCACCUCAAAGAGUAAUCGAGACAGGUGUCUAUUCGAAUGCAACUUAGUCUUCUGGAUUUAGCGGAUAACGAGCACUCUCCAUUGUGGUCUUCGUCCGUCAGGUUUUGGAAGGUGAACCCAGUGCAGCGCAAAGUGGCAACAUAUUUCUGAAGGUUUCGACAAUUUGGAGAGGGUGUGAAUCCAUCAUGAAGAUGACACUCGCUGCGUCUGUCUUGGGGUUGAUGAUCGUUCUCAACUAUGCAAUUGAGGCUAAACCAACAGAAGAACCAAAGGCCAAACCAACAGGAGAACCUGAGGUCAGUGUGACUAAGGCAAUCAUUGGUAACCUUACAGCCUCAUCCACCACUCCAAGUGGUAGAUGUUUUCGAAUUUGCUUCGACCACGGGAUAGACAUGGUUGGGGAGUGCAAAGAGAAGUGCGAAGAGGACGAGAGAGAGAUUUACGCAGAAUGUCAGAUCUCUUGUCCUCCCGAUGGAUGCAAACGAAGGUUCUCCUGCCACUGCUGCGCCAAGAAGAAGCAGAUGUAGCCGAGAUAAAGCCGCCUCUUCCCCUAAUCACUCACUCUGCAGAACUGACUCAUCCUCUGGAUCAGCGAUGCCGUUUUUUCUUCUUCACAACAUUGGCUUUUAGCAGUGUUACUAUAUGUAUUUCUACUGGUUUUUUUUAACGUUAUUUAUGAUUUAAUGGUUAGAAUGAGGAAAAUUUAAUGGUUAGAAUGCAUAUUUUCCGAAGUAGAAUUAUUUUCCGUGACGUAAAAAAGACUUAACGUCACUAGCUUAACAUAAAGUAUUUUUGACGAAGAAAAAUAAAGGAUUUCAAUAAAAUUAAUUUCUAUAAAUAAACAGGAUAUGUUUUAUAAGUUUAUUUUCAAAAUAAAACAUAAAAAUGCAAAAGGAAGAAUUUUAUUCCUCGAUGCCGUGGCCUGUGGUCAGAAAAGCCACGGAGGGUUGCGCCAGAUGUCACCAGAAAGCCCCACUAGCUGACAAAAUUCUUUCAAAACGGCAACCCUGCUCUGGAUGUAUGAUUUAACGACAGAAAUAAAACAGGGCCAUGUAACAUGCAAGCAAUCCUCUUCCCCCAGUGAUUCCCCCAAACUGACCAAUUCUCUGGUCGUACGGCUCCAAAACUAUCCGUCGACCUCCGGCUAUUUCGAGUCCCGCUCUUUCCAUUCCCUUUCUUCGUCUUUAGUUCGAGUUUUGGCAACACUAGACAGUUACCCAUGUGAAAUGAUUGAGUAAACUAUCCGUUCGCAGUGUUCUUGAAAUGAAAAAGAUAAAAUUCACUAGUGUUUUUUUCCCUUUAAAUGCUUCAAGAUCUAUAGUCUGUUAUCCUUGGAGAUGGCGGUAAAUAUCUACUACAUCCUGCAUUGUGGAGGCCAAUUGUGACUGGCGGAAGAUCUUGCAUUGCACCACCCGCCACAGCAAAACAGAAGCUUGAACGAUUUAGGCAGCGGAUACCAUCCGCCAAUUCUAAUAAGAAACAGACAACAGAGUAAUUUCAAUGAUUUCACAAUGAAAUAAAAGACAUUUUUCAAAAAAGAAGUUCUUCGGAAAAGCACGACUUAAGAAUGCAGUGGCACCGUCCGGGGGAGGCACUCUGGCAUCUUUUCAGCAGGUAUUGUCAACAGAGCAUGAAUUACUUAUAGUUGGACUUUGAUGUUAUUAACGGAUUCGCCUCUAACAAAGCUCGUAUAGGAUUCCGAUUUAAACCUGCUGUGUAGUUUUUGUUUUAGCUCUAUGAAAUCAAAUAAGUGACCGAGAUGUUGAGGCUUAAAAUGUGCAUUUAACUUUGACGACUUGAGGACUUUUUAGCGCGGGAAAGGGGCGGCACUUUCAGUCCGCCCCGAGUGCCAGUGACGCCAGUUACGCCGAUGCUUAAGAAACUGGUGUUUCUUAAAUUCAUCUUCAUAAUUAGUGCUACAUUUAAUCGGGCAUGAAUGUUAAACUGUUCUAAAAACAUUCAGUAUUUGCAAAGUCGUUUUUAUUUUCAUAUCCGAUUAAAAUUAGGCAUAAAAACACGACGGAACGGCAAUCCGUCUGAAUAGUUAGGCGUCUCUAUUACUCAGCCGUCUUUGCAAUUCUUUUCAUUAAUAAACUGUUUUACUUAAUAAGGCGUAGUUAAAAAAUAAGGGCACCAUUAUUGCAGCUCGUACCCUUGUACAGUUUAUUUAAGGAUGAAUCCCUAAUGCAGAAACGGUAUCAGCCGGUAUAUGCAUCUUCGUAGACAUGCACGUAGGCGCGAAUUUUGCUCUUAUCACUGGAUAUAAAAUACUGACGUGAAGGUUCGCCUAGUUAUACAGAUUCCUAGCUCUGAAAAAAUGGGAUACAAGGAGUGGGGGUUACAGAUUCCUGUCCCGUUACAGCAAGGCGUUACUGAAACUUGCAGCAAACACUAGCAGGCUGUAGUGAACUACAACCGGCCCCCUAAAGUAACAGAAUGACAGUAUUAAUAGGUAUACCAUCACAAAAAAAAAAAAAAAAGCCUUCAGAGCCAAGCAUCGAUGGACCUUGCAACCAACAUGAUGUGAGCAGCCGGGGGUCCAUAAUCAGACGGAACACGAAUUACAGUAAGGAAAUUAUAGCAGUCUUGAAAGUUGAAGGAUUAAAAUGUAUUUACAGAGUAACAUUUGCUCGAGGAAGUUAUUUACGUAGGGAAGAUGUUUUUAUUAUUGUCAUUAAUUAAAAGAUAUACAUUUUCUAUUGAUUUAUUACAUUUGUAUGCAUUCAUUUCUAAUAAAUUCUUCUGUAAAUUCUACCAUACGGGCAUACUAUUCGAAACAUGAUAUUGCACAAUGAUAGUAUUCUUAGCUGGUUUCCGAAAAAUGUUUGUUAACUGUGAAUAACAUGCGGUACUUACUGCCUCUACUGUUGCUAUUACCAUUUAUACUACUAUUAAUGAUAAUAGUAUCCUCAUAUAACAGACGAGUAUGUUUGCUUUUUUGAACGUUGCUGACUACGGGGGUCUGCUAUCCCCACACAUGUGUGUAUUGUGUGAGUGGUUGUUGGUAUAUGUGAAUCCUAGAGAACUGUGACCAUACAAGGUAACCGGAGCAGAGCGUUCCCAAUUCACCCAGGCCUCAUAUUCCCGAACUGUAACCAAGCACGGGACCUUCCCUCAGAAAAACGGGACGCCAUUUCUUAAAAACUAACCAUAAAAUCAUCUUACAAAUAAUCUCAUUAUGUUUCCCACACCCAAAUUAUUAGGC